ACUGUGUGUUAUGUUAUGCAUGGGUACACUACUGUAAGUGCUCUGCUGAGAGGGGACUCACAUUCACGGGAGAAAAUAAUGAGACGGCGCCAGGGGUUGAGAAUGAUGGCAAGAGAGAAAAUAGUGUGUCUCGUGUGAUAUUACUGUACUGGGAGAAGAGGUCAGAUCUGCUUUCUCUGACAGACAAACAAAAGGACGAGAAACCAACGACACGUUGAGUACUUAACUUCACAUGCACACAGUUUGGGAUUCUCUCAGCAAGCGCUUUGAAUGUUUCGAAUCUAAAGGAGAAAUACAAAAUACUGUACGAAAGGAAAAUGGAAACAGACUCGAGAAAAAAGGGCUUUACCAAGGGCAGAAGUGCUACUUUUAGCAUCGAUGGAUUCAGCUUCACUAUUGUGGCUAAUGAGGAUGGUGAAACAAACAGACCACUGGCAAGAUUUGCACGCUCAAAGUCUCAAAGUGCACUAUGGAGCACGCUCACAGCUGGGACCGGAAAAAAGGAAAAGGUCAAAGUUCAGAGCGAUAUUCCAGAUGAUCCACACAGAAUAGAAGAGAUUCUGGCCGAUGAGCUUCCUUUGGAUGGUCCAGACGCAACUGAAAAAACGGCUGUCAGGAGGAAGUACAAGAAAACUUCACAGAGAUUGCGAUGUUUGGUGAAACAGUUGGAGAGGGGAGAGGCGUCUCUCGUAGACCUGAAGAAAAACCUGGAAUAUGCGGCUUCUGUUUUGGAGUCAGUCUACAUUGAAGAAACAAGGCGAUUGGUCGAUACAGAGGAUGAGCUCAGUGAUAUCCAAUCAGAUUCGGUGCCAUCAGAGGUCCGCGAUUGGCUGGCCUCCACCUUCACACGUCAAAUGGGGCUGAUGCUCAGAAGGACGGAGGAAAAGCCUCGAUUUCGCAGCAUCGUUCACGCGGUGCAGGCUGGGAUCUUCGUGGAGAGAAUGUACAGGAGAACCUCUAACAUGGUGGGACUCAGUUACCCUCCACCUGUUAUAGCAGUGCUUAAGCAUGUGGAUAAGUGGUCGUUCGAUGUGUUUGCCCUGAAUGAUGCGAGCGGCGACCACUCGCUCAAAUUCAUCUUCUAUGAGCUUCUCACCAGAUAUGAUCUCAUCACGCGCUUCAAGAUUCCUGUUUCGGCGCUGGUCUCAUUUGUUGAGGCUGUAGAAGUUGGAUACAGCAAACAUAAAAACCCCUAUCACAACUUGAUGCACGCAGCCGAUGUCACACAGACUGUACACUACCUGCUGCUCAAGACAGGGAUGGUGCACUGGAUGACAGAGUUAGAGAUUUUGGCGAUGAUUUUCGCUGCAGCCAUCCAUGACUAUGAACACACGGGAACCACAAACAACUUCCACAUUCAGACCAGGUCAGACGCGGCCAUCCUGUACAACGACCGCUCUGUGCUGGAGAGUCAUCACGUCAGCGCUGCGUAUCGACUUCUGCAGGACGAUGAUGAGAUGAACAUCCUGUGCAACCUCUCUAAAGAUGACUGGAGAGAGCUCAGGGCACUGGUGGUGGAGAUGGUUUUAGCUACAGACAUGUCCUGCCACUUUCAACAAGUCAAAGCCAUGAAGAAUUUCCUUCAACAGCCCGAGGGAAUUGACAAACCCAAGGCUCUGUCUCUGCUGUUACACACGGCUGACAUCAGUCAUCCGGCCAAAAACUGGGAGCUACAUCAUCGCUGGACCACAUCACUGCUGGAAGAGUUUUUCAGACAGGGCGAUAAGGAGGCAGAACUGGGUUUGCCUUUCUCACCUCUGUGCGACCGCAAGUCCACAAUGGUUGCUCAGUCUCAGAUCGGGUUUAUCGACUUCAUUGUCAUUCCCACGUUUACGGUUCUAACGGACAUGACGGAGAAGAUCGUCACUCCGCUCAUCGACGAGGCGUCAAAUUCAGGCCUCGCUGGAUUUCGCAGUUUGACUGCAGCAGAUGUGAAGCGGGACAGUGUGAACAGUUCAGGUUCUGAUGGCAGCACGUCUCUGCUCUGUGUGGACCUGAACCACUUUAAAGCCAUCUGGACUGAGGAGGUUUCUCGCAACAGAGAACGAUGGAAGACUAAAGCAGAUAAAGAAACUGAAGAGAAAACCAAACGAGAGACUGAAGAACAGCAGGGGACAACAGCAGAAAACAGCCAACAAAACAAAGACCCACAGCCUCCAGCAACAAAACAAGACGGGGUCGCUGAGGACGACCCGGGGGGAGUGACCGGACCUCCAGAAGAAAGUCUCCAUCGUAAUGACCAAUCAGAGGAGCACACGAAAGAACAGAAAUUACAGAAUGGUGAAGUGUCUCAAGAGUCAGAAUCACCAUCAUAUGAAGAGAAGAGAACACUUGAUGAAACUGCCUAAUGGGGUUUCAAGUCUGACAUUCAGAUGUAGGGUCCUGCGAAAGCUCCAAGGUAAAGGAGGAGAACGCUCGGUUCUGCAGGUACACAGCGCCCUCUAGUGGACAUAGCUAAUGAUCGCAUCGCUUCAUGUUCGGCCACAAUCUCCUCCAAAGCCUUUAUCUCCUGACUUUGUAAAGAUUCAUGUCUUAUAAUGAAGUUUUUGACUGAUGGGUACAACAGGCAGUUUUCCUUAAUAUAUAAAAACAGAGAAGGACUCAUUCUGCUCAAUGGAAACA